CGCGGCUAGUUGACUGAAAAUAAAAACAAUUUCAUAAAUAAAUUAAAUCCUUCAAGUUUUAAGAAAAAAUUCCAAAUAUCGAGUUCAUGACGCUCGCUUAAAUGUCAAUUUUGGUUUCACUGUGCUUAUUAAAAAUCGAAAUUGUUCGCGAUAUGAGUACUGAAGCUGAAUCAUCAACCCAAGAAGAGGCAGCUUCUUCGCAACAAACAAAUCCUCGAUUUGUAAAAGAUCUUCGAGGUCAAAGAGAACCAAAGAAGAUUCAGAUUGAGACUUAUGCCAAUGUCGUUUCAUUUGAUGAAAUAGAAGUAAGUGAAAAAGGAGUUUUACCGAAAAGUUCUCGUGAACAAACGCCACUUGAAGAUUCUGCUGCUAUUCCAGAAGUUCCCGGUGAAAUCAAUUUCUUCUCAGGAAAUCCAUUUGUUGAACAAACCACAGGAAUUCUUCAUUUAUACAAGAACAAUGAGCUGAACAGCAUUCAAGAUGGCCUUUCGAAAACAAUUUGUUUAUUAGCUGUUCCAUCAACACUUAACUGUCAUGAUAUUUUGAGCUUUAUUGCGCCAUGUCACCCAGAAAUAACUCACGUCAGAAUUAUCAGAGACGGCACACCGAAUCAGUUUAUGGUGAUUUUAGAAUUCCGAGCAGUUGAGUCAGCUUACGAGUUUUACAAAACUUACAAUGGUGCGCCUUAUAAUAGUUUUGAGCCUGAUCAAGUCUGUCAUGCAUUGUGGGUGUCGGCAAUAGCUUGGGGAAACGAUGGAACUCCACCACAAAAUCAUACCGAAUUACCAACUUGUCCUGUUUGUUUAGAACGAAUGGAUGAAAGUGUUGAUGGUGUUUUGACUAUUUUAUGUAAUCACACUUUUCAUUCAGGUUGUUUAGUAAAGUGGGGGGAUUCAACAUGUCCAAUUUGUCGGUAUGUUCAAACUCCUGAACUUACAGAAAGUUCAGUUUGCAUGGAAUGCGAAGGGACAGAGACUUUAUGGAUUUGUUUGAUUUGUGGUCAUGUUGGAUGUGGAAGAUAUCAAGGUGGACAUGCAGCGAAUCAUCAUCGUAGCACAAACCAUACUUACGCUUUACAGAUUGGAACAAAUCGAGUGUGGGAUUAUGCAGGAGACAAUUUCGUUCAUCGAUUACUUCAAAAUAAAACUGAUGGUAAACUCGUUGCAACAAACUCACCUGGAAAUGAAGACGAGGAAAAAAUUGAUUCAAUGCAGUUAGAAUUUACUUAUUUGUUGACAUCUCAACUUGAUACUCAACGACAGCAUUACGAAGAAAGACUUUCUAGGAUUGAAGCAGCAAUGGCUGUUGAUAAGAAAAGUAUUUUAAAAGAAACAGAAAAAAUUCGACACGACAGUGCUCAGAUCGAACAAAAGUUAAAUGGUGUGAUAAAAGAGAAACAGAAUCUUGAGAAAAAGUUGGCAGCAAUGAAUACAAGAUUGACGACAGUUUUGAAAGAACUUGCUGAAGAGAAACAGUUUUCAAAGACACUUCAACUUAAUCAUACAUCAUGGCAGACUAAGUAUGGAACUCUUGAGAAACUCUGCAAAGAAAAGGAACAGGAAGUCAUUGAACUAAAGGAACAAGUCAGAGAUUUGAUGUUUUAUAUGGAAGCCCAAAAUACGAUCUCAAAUUCAGAUAUGAAGGAUGAAAUUGCUGAGGGAACUGUUACAAUGGGCGAUGAAAGUUCCUCAAAUAAAAGCAAAAAUCGAAGAAAAAAGAAAUAAAUUUUGUGAUUUGUCUCCCCAAUAAAAUAAUAUUCAGUUUAUUCUUAAAGUAAAUAAAGAACUUUAUUUAAAAUGCUUGAUAAAAAUAUUGUUUUAUCUGUUGUUGUUGACUUAAUUUUCAUCAAAAUAUUAUACUAAAUUACUUCAAUAUUAAUAUAAAUGAAAUGCAAUUUGUAAAGGUGAUGAAUAAACACAGCAAUAAAAGCAAA